AAAAUUUCAAGCCAAUUGUUUUUUUCAUUGUGCAUGUUGUCCUGAAAGUACAACGGCGGGAAGGGAAACAAAGCGUAGCGGAGGAGGAGGCGGAGAAGUAGGAGGUGCCAUGCAGGAGGAGGUAUCGAAUUUUGGCCAAUCAAAAAAAGGUGUCUUGUCUGGGCGUUAUUAGCAUGUGGGUCUGUAAAUAGAGCAGGCGCGAGGCGGGCGCUAGUCAUUCUCUGUUCUUUUACUCGAGAAGCAGCAUCAUGCCCGAUCCAGCCAAGGCAGCGCCCAAGAAGGGAUCAAAGAAAGCCGUGACCAAGACGGCCGGCAAAGGAGGCAAGAAGCGCAGAAAGUCCAGGAAGGAGAGCUACGCCAUCUACGUGUACAAGGUCCUGAAGCAGGUGCACCCUGACACCGGAAUCUCAUCCAAGGCCAUGGGCAUCAUGAACUCCUUCGUGAAUGAUAUUUUUGAGCGCAUCGCCGGUGAGUCUUCUCGUCUGGCUCACUACAACAAGCGCUCCACUAUCACCUCCAGGGAGAUCCAGACCGCCGUGCGCCUGUUGCUUCCCGGCGAGCUGGCCAAGCACGCCGUGUCCGAGGGCACAAAGGCCGUCACCAAGUAUACCAGCUCCAAAUAAAGCGCGUUACCGCCGUCUUCAUCAACCCAACGGCUCUUUUAAGAGCCACCCACUUCUCAUACAAAGAGCGAUCUCCUCUCUUUUGCUUUUCCUCUCACGCUGUGUGUGUGUGUCUGUGUGUGUGUGUGUGUGUGUGUGUGAGAGAGAGAGAGUGAUAGAGGGGGACUUCUGAAGCGCUGCACUCCUGUGGAUGUUCAGGAUUUUGGGUGAUUAUAGCAGCCUGCUAAAUGCAGAGAUGAGUAUAUUUAAACGGUUGUAG